CCGCCUUGCCGGGCCCACGAGUGCACCGCCAUGGCCUCCCUGCAAGCCAAGGACGCCUACUUGCAGGACCUGGCCAGGAAGAUCUGCGCCCCGCACGGCCCCGAGCCACCGCGGCGCGCGCGGGUUAGUAAAAUUCAAGGCUCAGAAGCUUCUGGACUCCGAAAAAAGAAAAGAAAGAAAACACCAAAAAAAUUCCGGGAACAGGAACAGAAGGCUUCAGAGCAUAAAGUCAAGACCCUUGGGGAGAAGAAGUCUCCAGUGGCUCCUGGGACCAAGAAGCCAACAGCACACAAAGAGGAGCCUUCCAUCUCCACAGGGGCCCCUGCAGGUGGCCAGGCUACAGCACCUGAUUCUGUCUUUGCCCUGGAUGUCCUGCGCCAGCGGCUGCAUGAGAAGAUCCAGCAGGCUCGAGGCCAGGAUGGCACGCUCUCUGCUGCCAGUCUGGAGAAAAGGCAGCGGAGAAAGCAGGAGCGAGAGCGGAAGAAGAGGAAGCGGAGGGAGCUGCUAGCGAAGGAGAAGGAGAAGGCGGCGGCGGCACAGGCCGGAGGCACUGCAGCGGUGACGGCUCCCCCUGCGGCGGUCUGCGCAGGGCCGCACGAGCCAGCGCUGAUCUUCAAUAAGGUGGAGGUCAGUGAGGAGGAGUCGGCCACCAAGGCCCAGCGGCGGAAGGAGAAGCGGCAGAAGGUGAAGGGGAACCUGACCCCUCUGACGGGCAAGAACUACCGGCAGCUGCUGGAGCGCCUGCAGGCGCGGCAAGGCCGGCUGGAGGAGCUGCGGGAGCAGGACUCGGGGAAGGCCCAGGAGCUGGAGGCCAAGAUGAAGUGGACCAACCUACUGUACAAGGCCGAGGGGGUCAAGAUCCGCGACAACGAGCGGCUGCUGCAGGAGGCCCUGAAGCGCAAGGAGAAGCGCCGGGCUCAGCGGCAGCGCCAGUGGGAGAAGCGCUCGGCCCACGUCGUGGAGAAAAUGCAGCAGCGGCAGGACCGGCGGCGGCAGAACCUGCGCAGGAAGAAGGCGGCCAAGGCUGAGCGGCGCCUGCAGAAGGCCCGCAGGAAGGGCCGCGUGCUGCCCCAGGACCUGGAGCGGGCGGGCCUCGCCUGAGCACCCCGACCCUCCCACCGCGAACCCUCCCCACCCUGGCUGCUAUCUCUGAGGCUUCAGAGCUCCCAGGUGAUACAUGACACUGGGCCCGAGGGCAGCAGAUGCCAUCCUCCUCUCCCAGAGCUGCCUGAGGCUCGGAUCACAUGCUGAGGAGAGUGGGGUGUCUCUGUUGUCGGUGAGCAGGGCCAAGGCCUGCAGACCCACGGGAGUGGAGAACUAGACCCAAUCCCAGAGUCCUUGUAGGGUGGGAGAGCUUCCCUGAAGUCUGCAGGUUGCUGGGGAGCCCUCCUCUAGGCCCUCCUGCCUUUCCUGGGUUCCCAGGGGUCCUGGGCAGGAAGAAAAGGGCCUUGGUCAACUGUCCCAUUAGUCCAGGGCUCAACAGGAAGGGAUGCGAGCCCAGGGGACUGACUGGCUCCCAUAGCUAGGAGAACCAGGGCCAGCCAAGUACGGCCCUUCUGGGGAUGCCUUGCUCUUCCCUGUGGUAGUCUCAUCCUCUCCUGUUCCUCAGUAGUCCUAGGACAAUGUUUUCCCAGCUCAAAAUCCAAAGAGGGGAAGGGAGCUGCUCCUUCCCAGGCCCAUGGGGUGUGACUCAGGCUGCGCAGUCACCUCUGGGCAUUUGCUGGCUUGAGGGCUGUGUAGUGGUCAGCGUGCCUCGGCACCCUCCUGGAGUCAGGGCAGAGGACUCCCUAUGGGUACAGGGCUGAGGGAAGCCUGCUUUCACCAGAUGAGUGGGUAGGGGAUGGGGACAGGGACCUCAAGUGAGAGCCUGGACGCAGACGGGGGAGUGCGGUUGGGCAUUUCCCUAGUGUCUUGGGGGAGCAUCCCCCACUGCCUGAACAGCUCUUUAGAAAUGAGCUGCUUGUGUUGAUUUGGUGGCCCACACUGGUGAUCCCAGCACUCAGGAAACUGAGGCAGGAGCUGGAGGAUCAAAACUUAGAGAUCAGCCUAGGCAAUUAGCAAGACCCUGCUUCAGAAUAAAUGAAACAAAUGAGAAGCUGGGGCUGCAGCUCAGUGGCAGAGCAGCUAGUUCAAUCCAUAGUACCAGACCCUGGGGAGGGGAUGAGCGCCCCCCCCACACACACACCAAAGGCUACUAUUUAAUAAAACAGGCAGAGUACACCUAUGCACACAGUGGAAAGGUCCAGGAGUGAACAGGCCUUGGAUGGGGUAGGUUUCUGUACUCUUAAGGCCUUUGCUGUGGCCCAGUUGAAAUGUCCCAUACGGUUAUUUUCUUGUAAAGGAGUGGGCUGGGGGAGUUCAGCUGGUUGGCAGCCCCCAUCGCCCUUGGUAUCUGCGUGGUCACUGCACUCAGGCCCUGCUCUUCUGGGUGGCCUCCACCAAAGUUAAGCCCAGUGAGGGGCACUGGGGCCUGAGGUUCUGCUCCUAGCAGGGCUCCUGUUCAAGUGGCUGCCCACGACUCCUGCUGGCUGGCUGAGGCCCCAGCAGCUGUGUGCUGAUCUGAUAACUCUGCCCCAUCCUGCUUCCUGCAUUUGGUCACCACAGGCUAUAUCCAAUAAACCUCUUGCAUUCCUAA